UAAUCAGCCAAUAAGGAAGAGCAGUGCGUAUCCGGGCCCGUCACUUCCGGGUUGGAGCUGCGCGCAUGCGCUCUGAGAAUCCGGAAAGCCGGUAUUAGUUGCACAGGUGGCAUCAUGGCCCGGGAGCGCAGGCGCCACACUGGGACAGAGCACAGACCCCUCCCACUCCCCAGGAAGGCCACUCCCCCUGAGCGGGACUGGACCCGAGUGCUGCUUGUGGCCCUGGUAUCAUGUGCCAUAGGGGUGAGUGCGUUUGCCUACAGCGGCUACAUGAGAUGGAGCCUGGCACUCAGAGUGCUCACCCUGCACCCCUCCCCCAGGGUCUGGCCCCCCAAUAGCAGCUCCUCAGCCCUGUCCCCCAACAUGUUCUGGGGCUCGUACAGACCGCAGCUUUACUUUGGCAUGAAGACUCGGAGCCCCCAUUCUGUGGUUACAGGUCUGAUGUGGCUGUCCCAGGCUGGCGCCCCCUCUCUGCGGCACACUUGUGAGCAGGGCGAUGGCCUGGCACGGUACGGGUGGCUGUUGCACGACGGAGAGAACUUUGGGGUCCAGGAAAUCACCGACCGGGGGUUCACGCUACGCACUGAGUUUGUGAAGAGGCCGGGGGGGGACCAUGGCGGGGACUGGAGCUGGCGGAUCCGAGCCUCCCCCCAGGCUUCCAGCUCUCCGGGGCAAAUCCUCUCCCUGAUGUUCUACGUAGCAACCGACGGGCAGGGAACGCUCACCCCCCACGUGGCAGGGAGGCGGCACCUCACCCACGUUACUGGCGAGUCCGAGGAACUGGGCCCAUUCACUCUCCGGUUCCUUACAGCCGAGGGGGGAGACGGCCAUGUCAGUUACAACUACCUGAGCACCACGUGCCCCGGCCUGCACACUCUGACGGACGUGGUGCGCACCAGCCUGAGGGAUCACUUUACUCACCCAACAGAGAGUGGAGGCUCCCGUGGCAACAAAAGACGUUACUUUGGCCUCGAUAGCUACCACCCCCCGCCGUUGCCCCCAGGCACCCCAGCUCCUCCCCCCCACACACAACUGGUAGUCCAUCAGCUCACCCUGCAGCUCCCUUUCCAGGCCGAGGUUCUGUUUGAGUCUGGUAGUUUCCAGCAGCGCCCAGGGCAACUCUCGGGGGUUUCCUUGGGCACGGAGCUAGACAGGCACAAGACCAACAUGGAAAAUCGAUUCCAGAGCAUAUUCAGGCUUGAGGAGAAAGGAUUCACCCCAGAUCAAGUGGCCUUUGCUCAGGCAGCUCUUUCCAACAUGCUGGGUGGGAUGGGCUACUUCUAUGGCAGCUCCGUGGUCAAGUCUCCCCACAACGCAGAGCCUGUGCUUUAUCCGGCGGCCCCUCUCUACACCGCCGUCCCAUCUCGCUCCUUCUUUCCCCGCGGCUUCCUGUGGGACGAGGGCUUCCAUCUGCUGCUGAUUGGCCGCUGGAAUCCCUCCCUGGCUUGGCAGUCUCUGGGGCACUGGUUAGAUCUCAUGAAUGCAGAUGGCUGGAUCCCCAGGGAGCAGAUUCUGGGCUCGGAGGCUCGCAGCAAGGUGCCGGAUGAGUUUGUCAUUCAGAAGAGUGAGAAUGCCAACCCGCCGACCCUGUUCCUGGCUCUGCGCCAGCUGCUGGCAAACACCGAGGGGGACGAAGCGCUCCGACGAGCCUGGCCUCGCCUGCAGACCUGGUAUGAUUGGUACAACUCCACCCAGGCCGGCUUGCUGCCUCACACCUACCGCUGGCGGGGUAGGGAUCAAGACCCCCUGCGCUUCCUCAACCCCAAGACUCUGACAUCUGGGUUAGACGAUUAUCCGCGAGCGUCACAUCCCUCCGAGGAGGAGCGGCACGUGGAUCUGCGCUGCUGGAUGGCGCUGGCCUCUCAAGUCAUGGCAGAUAUCGCCGAGCGCUUGGAAGAAGAUGGUGGGCGCUACCGCCACGACCACAACAUACUGACUGACAAUGCUUUGUUGGACCACCACCACUGGUCGGAGAGGCUUGGGGCCUAUGCUGAUUAUGGGAACCAUACGCAGAACACGGCACUAGAGUGGGUGAGGCCACGCGCAGCCCCAGGGCAGGACCCCCGAAGCGUUCCGCCGCCUCAGUUGAUUAGGGUUGUUAGGAAGCCGCCAAGGCUGCAGUAUGUGGGCGCUUUAGGCUAUGUAUCCCUUUUCCCCUUCCUCUUGCAGGUGCUGGAUCCCAGUGCCCCCCACCUUGGCCGCCUCUUGGACCUUAUCAGAGACGCUGAUAAACUGUGGACCCCCUAUGGAAUUCGCUCUCUGUCAAAGGGCAGCCCCUUGUACCUGCAACGUAACACAGAGCACGACGCCCCCUACUGGAGGGGCCCCAUCUGGAUCAACAUGAAUUAUCUGACAGUUAGGGCCCUGUACUUGUACAGCCAGAUGGAGGGGCCACACAGGGACAGGUUGGUCAGCCUAUACAGGGAGCUGAGGCAGAACCUUCUGGCCAAUCUGUACCGGCAAUACAAGAACACUGGCUUCCUGUGGGAGCAGUAUAACGAUCAGACUGGCCAGGGGCAGGGCUGCUUCCCAUUCACCGGCUGGUCAUCCCUGCUGGUACUAAUCAUGGCUGAAGAGUACUGAUACCCACAUUGCCAUUGGGCUACUGCCGGGGGCUACAGACCAAAGCUCCCACCAUCAGACCAUAACAGACAACUAUAGCUGGGGGGUGCCACCCUAUCAGUGCCCACCAAGAGGAACGUAUUGCCUGCUUCUCUGGGAUCCCAGUGCCACACAUUCUCCCAGGAUGCUCUCUGCCCAAAGUGCUUACACACAUUCUCCCAGGAUGCUCUCUGCCCAAAGUGCUUACACACAUUCUCCCAGGAUGCUCUCUGCCCAAAGUGCUUACACACAUUCUCCCAGGAUGCUCUCUGCCCAAAGUGCUUACACACAUUCUCCCAGGAUGCUCUCUGCCCAAAGUGCUUACACACAUUCUCCCAGGAUGCUCUCUGCCCAAAGUGCUUACACACAUUCUCCCAGGAUGCUCUCUGCCCAAAGUGCUUACACACAUUCUCCCAGGAUGCUCUCUGCCCAAAGUGCUUACACACAUUCUCCCAGGAUGCUCUCUGCCCAAAGUGCUUACACACAUUCUCCCAGGAUGCUCUCUGCCCAAAGUGCUUACACACAUUCUCCCAGGAUGCUCUCUGCCCAAAGUGCUUACACACAUUCUCCCAGGAUGCUCUCUGCCCAAAGUGCUUACACACAUUCUCCCAGGAUGCUCUCUGCCCAAAGUGCUUACACACAUUCUCCCAGGAUGCUCUCUGCCCAAAGUGCUUACACACAUUCUCCCAGGAUGCUCUCUGCCCAAAGUGCUUACACACAUUCUCCCAGGAUGCUCUCUGCCCAAAGUGCUUACAGACAUUCUCCCAGGAUGCUCUCUGCCCAAAGUGCUUACACACAUUCUCCCAGGAUGCUCUCUGCCCAAAGUGCUUACACACAUUCUCCCAGGAUGCUCUCUGCCCAAAGUGCUUACACACAUUCUCCAUGCCCCCGUGGCACAGCCCUGCCCGGCACAGACGGCUCGUACCAUGUACGGAUCUAAACAAAUAAAACCUGUUUUGUUUUUU